UAAAACAAAAAAAAUAAAAAGAUGUUCCAGUGGCCAAAAUUUCCAAUUGGAAAGGUGGAAGGUGGAACUCGGAAGCCCUAGCUCGUCCUCAAAGUUUAUCGCUUUCUUCUGCGGCGAUCGAAUUCCAAAGGGCGAAACAUGGUGUUCUACUUCAAAGCUCGAUCGGACGUCGGCGAUUUCACCAUUUUCAUGGGCCUCGACAAGUUCGAGAACGAGGAGCUCAUCAAAUAUGGCUUCCCCGAAGACAUUUGGUUCCACGUGGAUAAAAUGUCGUCUGCCCAUGUUUAUGUUAGAUUGCACAAAGGACAGACCAUUGACAAUAUAAGUGAAGGAUUACUGGAGGAUUGCGCUCAACUUGUCAAAGCAAAUUCCAUCCAAGGCAACAAGGUGAACAAUGUUGAUGUUGUUUACACUCCCUGGUCCAAUUUGAAGAAAACUGCCUCCAUGGAUGUUGGUCAAGUUGGUUUCUACAAUUCAAAGAUGGUUCGAACUGUGAGAGUGGAGAAACGGAUCAACGAGGUAGUUAAUAGAUUGAACAGGACAAAAGUGGAAAGGAAGCCUGAUUUGAAAGCUGAGCGAGAAGCGGUUAAUGCAGCAGAAAGAGCUGAGAGAAAGCAGUUCCUGAGGGACAAGAAACGACGCGAGGAGAUGGAAAGGCUUGAGAAGGAGAGACAGUUAGAACUAAGGAGCUACAAAGGUUUGAUGAAUUCUGAAAAUAUGACAUCUAACAAACAAAUUGCAUCAGCAAACAAGUCAUUGCAGGAACUGGAAGAGGACUUCAUGUAAUGAUAUCAUUGUCUACAGGUUGGGCAAGAUGGCUGCUAUGUGCUGCCCAGGAAGAAAAGAGUUUUUCAUUCAGUUUGUGAGUUAGUCCUAAAAUUUGCAUCCGUUCAUGAAAUAUAAAAUGUCCUAAACCUUUUAUUUCGUUGACGACGAUAAGAAAAAGAGAAAAAGCAAAAAACGGAGGGAGAAAACAAAUUGGGUUUAUGGGUGAGGGUUGGGUCGGGGAGUAUCUCUUUCUUGUUACUGCAUGUUGUCUGUGUAUCAUAAUGGUGAUACACAAAAAUUAAACUUCAUUCAAGAUGAUGAAUGAUUUACUUGCAAAAGGAUUUACAUCAUUUUAAAACCCUUAUUUAGUUAUUUAUAUUUGCAGUUUGUGAAUGAUUUACUACCAAGCACACACACGCACCGCACGCGCACGCGUGCGCACACAGAGGAAAAAGAGAGAGGGGAAGGGAGUUAACAAAAUAAUAUUGCUAGCUUAAGAGAGUAAAAUGAAUGACAGGGAACCCUAAUAUUUGUAUGCUUGUGUUUGUAUCUUUACAUGCAAGUUAUUUAGUGCAAAUGUAUGUCGUGUUUGUGUGUAGCUGGAUUUAUGCGAAUCUUAUUCGGAUGUUCUUAAUUGAUUACCCGUUUCUGGGAUUAUCUGUAAACAUGUGGUCCAUACCGCUCUAUCCCGAAUUUAGUACCAAUUGAUUCAA